UAACAGAUGAACCCCUUUGGUUACUCUCCCACCGAGUCUGGCUUCAAUCAAUUUACUUCAUUUUCUCCGGCAUUGACCUACUCAUCACAUGGAAUCCAAAACGCUGGCCACUCGUCCGAUGUCCCUUUCGAAACCAAGCGCAAAAACCCCCAAGGGAAACCAUCUCCACCUUCUAAUUCUCAUGUUAUAUCAUUUCAGAACUCAGAUCUAUCCGCAGACAUCUCUCAGCAGUAUCCUGGUACCUAUGAGUUGCAAGAUGGGGAAGGGAUGAAGAUGAAGAGAAAAGGUGGUGGUACGUUUAGUAGAACAACUUUGCAUGCACAAGAACAUGUCAUUGCAGAGAGGGAGCGCCGGGAGAGGCUGAGCCAGCGCUUCAUUGCUCUUUCAGCUAUCAUUCCUGGCCUUACAAAGCUAGACAAGGCUUCUGUCCUUGGAGACACAAUAAAGUACUUGAAACAUCUCGAGGAACGUGUGAAGAUCCUCGAGGAAGAGGCAACCGCGAGAACUGUGGAAUCGGCGAUCUUCACGAAGAAGCCAUCACUCCAACGUGGUGAUGGCAUUGUAUCUUUUUCAUCCGAAGAGAAGUCGUAUGACCCAGUUAUCGAUCAACAACUACCCGAGAUCGAAGCACGGGUGUCGGGCAAGCACGUUUUGAUCAAAGUCCAGUGCGAGAAGCAUGAGGGUUGCAUCAAGGAAGUGAUGAAGCAAAUGGAGGUUAUGAAAUUGACAACUCUAAAUAUCAGCGUCCUAGCAUUUGGGAGUUCACUCUUGGAUGUCACAAUUGUGGCCCAGCUAGAAAAUGAGAACUGCCCGACAAUUGAGGAGAUCGUCGAAAAACUACGCUGUGUUAUGACGGCGUUCAUCGGAUCAUCUUCAAGAUGGUCAGCUUGCUAG